AUGCAUGCACAUUUAGAUAAACCAUUUUCAGAUUUUCUUUUGAGUCUUGGUAAUGGAACUUUGCCUUGCUUUGAUGACUCCAGAAUAACAUUGCGACACUAUCUUACAAUACCUUUUGUUGAUGAUCAAUCUUCACUUUCUGUUCUAAUCACCAGUGUCUUUCCUGACCUCAUAGCAUUUGGUACACACUCAUUGCAUAUACUUAACAGAGCUAUACUAACUACUAAAAAUGAAUUUGUGCACGAGAUAAACAACCUCCUGAUCACAAAGUUUCCUGGUACAGAACACAAAUAUGUAAGUUAUGAUGAAACUAUAGACCAAUCCAAACAAGCAGAACACAAGGACUUUUUACAUUCAUUAGAACCUCCAAGCCUGCCACCACAUGAACUCAUUCUAAAAGUCAAUAGUCCUAUUGUAUUACUUAGAAACUUGAACCCAAAAGAAGGUUUAUGUUACGGAACACGACUAAUUUGUCUUGGUUUUGCUCCCAAUGUUAUCCAUGCACUCAUUGCUGUCAGAAAUCAUAUUGAAAAACAAGUCUUUAUCCCAAAAAUCUCAUUACAAUGUUCUGACAGUAACAUUUACAUAGUACCCUUCAAGAAAACACAACUUUCAGUUAGACUUUGUUUUGCCAUGACUAUUAAUAAAGCACAAGGACAAACACUCGACUUCGUCGGCUUGUACUUAAAGGAGCCAGUAUUUGGUCAUGGUCAGUUGUAUGUUGCUUUAUCUAGAGCUAAAACAGCAAAUGAUGUUAGAGUUUUAGUUAAGCCCUCUCCAGAUGAGCAGACUGACAUAGUUUCUACAAGAAAUAUAGUAUACAAUGAAGUCCUAUCAAUUGCUGGUGUUAUCUAA